AUGACCUCUCACGACCACUCCAGCAUGUCCGGCAUGUCAGGCAUGUCAGGCAUGUCAGGCAUGUCCGGAAUGGACGGAUCUUCCAGCGCAUGCUCCAUGAACAUGCUUGGCAACUGGCAGACCAUCAACACUUGUGUCCUCACAUCGUCGUGGCACAUCAGAACGGAGGCCCAAUUUGCCGGGACGUGCAUCGGCGUGUUUCUGAUCGUCUUCCUCAUCGAGACGGUGCGAAGAUGGAGCCGCGAGUUCGACCGAUGGAUCUUGGAGCGCGCCAUGGUACAGAGGAGGGAGGCCCGUCGCCGCACGCAGCAACUCAAAACAGAGAUGGCCUCGCGUCUUGCCGACGCCGAUCCAUUGCAGGACCGAUCGACCAUGAAGCAGAAGCUGGAACAGCUCGACAGCAUCUUCUUCGGCAUCCCGCAAGACAGGUCCGGAUGCCGCCAAGCGGCACUCGACUCGAUGCGCUUCCGUCCGCAGAUGUGGCAGCAACUGCUGCGCUCGCUUUUGUACGGUGUGCAGUUCACUGGCGCUUAUUUGAUCAUGCUGAUCGCCAUGACGUUCAACGGCUACAUCAUCAUCGCGAUUGUGCUGGGAGGCAUUUUUGGUCACUUCUUCUCGACGUGGGAUACCCUGGGGUCUUCGCAUGUGGUUGACAUCGACACGCUCGGCCUGCCAUCGGAAGGCGGAGCUGUCGUUGCGCAGUCGGACGAUGCGGCAGCUCCGUGCUGCCAAACCGGAGCUGGCAAGGACUCUGCGAGCCUGUCGAGCGUCUCGGACGAGGCGAGUCACGCCAAGCAGCAUGUCGUCGCGCUACCGCAGCAUGGUUACGGCUCGGGCGCCUGUUGCUGUCUGUUGCAGUGCCACUUGCAUCCAGAGCCACGAGCCGAGCCGAGCCGAUCACAGAACGACUCGUUGCUCAAGGACGAGGAACGCGUGCGUUUGGCUGCACGUCCCCUUGGCUGGGCGCGCGUGUGUUCGGCAGAGGGGCGAGAGGCGCCGCCAACCAACACUGAAAUUCGCAGAGCCAAGGGCGAGGCGCUCAGGUCGCCGUGUCUCACUCUUGGCUUUCCGACCUCUGAGAGUGUCAUGGUCUCUUCCACUCCCUCUCCUCCAGCUGCGGCUGCUGCUGCGGCGUCGACAUCGGCUUCGGCAUCACCAUCGAGCGAAGCGGUUGAUAACAAGACCGAUGUGGCGCCGUCAGCUGAAAGCAGCGAACGCACCGAGCCGAGCGCGACCCUUCACAGCUCGGAAGGCACGGAUCAGGCGCUUGGCGACGCAAGUAAGACAUGCUCACCGUCGAAAGAGGCGCUCGCUGAUGCGAUAGAUAAACUCGCUGUGAACGAGUCAGACCCGGCCGUCGGGGGAUCCGAAGCAGCAGCCACUGCAGACAGCGAACAGGUCUCGGACUCAGCACCACAGCUCGAACACCAAGCAUCGGAAGACACCGACAGAGGAGGCGGCCCGGCUGAGAACAGCUCCACCGAUGUCAUGCAAGCGGAAGAUACCGUCGACACACCCAUCACCGCCGACAAACCUCACGCAACGGCCAGCGCUGCCGACAACGAUGCGAAGACCAGCUCGCCGACACAACAGCCAGACGAAGAUACGCACGCGGAUGCGCCGACCACAUCUGCACCUUCUGCGUCGACAGUGGUUGAAGACGAUGCAGCCGAGGUCGAGGAGCAAGCGAAACUCGCCGAGACCUCAACAGAAGCAUCGGCUGGAGCCGAGAAAGGAUCAUUCUCUUCAGCCCAGGCAAGCUCGCCACCUCCAGCGCCAUUCGAAAAGGACACCCCUCCAGCUCCGGCUUCGAAAGAAGCGGCACAGAUGUCGGUGGAGGACGCGGUCACAGAUGUGGCCUCCCCUUCGACGCCGGCAGCGGCCGGGAUCGGACGAUCGGAGAGAGCAGCGCUAGCAGACCCCGAGAGUGUGGCAGCCGUUGCGCAUGCCUUCGGUCGCGAUUCUCCAGCGCUGCGCUCGUCAACAGACACGCCGAAGCGUGUGGCAACGCCAGUCGAGCCGACGAGCAUCAGCAAGCCCUCGCAAAGCAGCGGCGCCGACGCCGAUGCGGCCAAAAGCACAGCCACAGAACCAUCAGACCAACCGCAGCCCGCUCGAGCUCCGCGUCCUGACCCCGAUGCCGAGUCCGAAAAGACUCCGAGUCAGGACAGCAGCGCCUCGCGCGGCGGCAUCAGGAUCGGCAAGGGACCACCCCCUGCCACUCAGGCAAGCGAAGAAGUGCCGUUCGACUUCAAUCGCUUCUUGGAGCAGAUGAAACAUCGCAGCGCUCAGCCCGUCGCCGAGUACGUCCGCAGCUUCAUCAAAGGAUUCGCAAAGAAGCCGUACCGCACGCAGGACCAGAUCAAGCUCAUCUUUGACUUUCUCGACUUCAUCGCCGCGAGGAUGCGCGAAUGCGAUGUGUGGAGAAACCUUGGCGAGACGGACUUCGAGAAUGCCAAGGAGGCCAUGGAGAAGCUUGUGAUGAACCGCCUCUAUCCGUACACCUUUACGCCUGCGGUGCACAAGGAGGGUCGCUGGGCGGUCCAGACCGACGACCUGGAGCGCGACCGGGUGCUGCAGCAGCGCAUCGCCCUAUUCGGCUGGCUCAAGGAGGAGCACCUCGAUGUGCCUGUCGGCGACCACUCGCGCGGCUUUAUCGAGUUCUCGAUCCAGGAGCUCCUCAAGAUCAACCAUUACAAGGCACCCCGCGACAAGCUCAUCUGCAUCCUCAAUUGCUGCAAGGUCAUCUUUGGCAUGAUCCGCCACCUGUCGACGCAGGAGAAUGCAGACACAUUCAUCCCCGUGCUCAUCUUUGUCGUCCUCAAGGCGAAUCCGGAGCACCUCAUCUCCAACGUCGAGUACAUCAGCCGCUUCCGCAAUCCGGACCGCCUCUCGAGCGAGUCGGGCUACUAUCUGUCGAGCUUGAUGGGAGCGAUCGCUUUUAUCGAGACCAUGGACUACACGUCGUUGAGCAACAUCACGCAGGACGAGUUCGAGAAGCGAGUCGAGGAGGCCGUCUCUUCGCUACCGGAGCCCGAGCCGUCGGCCGCUGUGUUGGAUUCGUCUCUGCGCGCCCAGCCGUCGACGCCGCCACCAAGAGGCCUGCAGCCCGGCUUUGGCAACUCCGAGCAUCAACGCAGCGUGAGCGGGGUCAGCGUUUCGGCGCCGUCGGGACCAGGCGAAGAGGCUGCCAAGGCGCUUCCGUUCACGCCGAUGGCUGCCUCGCUCGCCGACGACACGCGCGCCUUCUUCCUGCGAACCGGCGAAGCGGCGCGCACGGGUCUCAGUCGACCGAUGGGCGCGCUGGGCCGACUGAUCAAUGAAGGAAUCGAGGGUAUCCGAACGCCCAGCAGCAGCAACAACGAGAGCGGCGCAUCGACCGAGAGGCACAACUCACCAGCUCCGGGCUCUGGACCCAGCUCUGCAGGUAUGACGCAGUCGACGUCGCGAUCCAAGCUUUUUGGCGGGCUGUUCGGAUCGCUCGACACCUCGGAAGCUGCGGCUCAGGAGCGUGCACGCUCGGCGGGCUAUCCCGGUCAGCAGGGAGGACGACGUCCGGCGACGCUUCUCGACGACGAACCACAGACGCCUUCGACGGGCGACCUUGCGCAGGAUGGCUUCCAUCCGUACCAAGCCGGCGGCGCAGGAGGUGUGCUGGGUGCACCGCCUCGACUGGUGGCGCGGCCCAACAUGCCGCAGCGCAACUACUCGAUCGACGAAGCCAUGUUUGACGACGAGUCGGCGGGCCGACGCAACCUGAUGGCCGCUUCCGCGGGCUCGCGAGCGGGUCGGAACGACGUCGACUACUUGGAUUCCGACGAUGAAGAGGACCGGAUGGGCGGAUCUCACGCGGACCGUGGAGCGCCCAAUGCGGCCGCCGCCGAGUACAUGCGUCGUCGGAUGCAGAUGCAGCAAGACUUUGGCACGGGCGUCAGCGCUGAGUUGCCGUCGACGCCGUCUCGCCGCGCGGGAUACGAAGGCAUGGACCCGAGUCAGCUUCAGCCUGGCCGACGCGAGGAGGUGGCCAUGGAGCAUGCGCAGACCGAGCAGGCGAUCCAGCGCUCGCUCAUGGAUCAGAAUCGGCUCGAGGCGAUGCAGGCGGACGAGGCAGCGCAGAACUCGGCGAGCAUGGAGACGCUCAAGUCGAUUUUCCCCAGCAUGGACGACGCCUUGAUCCAGAUGGUGCUGCAGGGCUGCGAAAACAACGUCGAGACGGCCAUCGACCGGCUGCUCGAGAUGCAGUGA